AUGGGUCCUCAAGUUAAGUGGCCUCCUAAGAUGAAGGCCGCGGAGGCUAAUCGAAAUCCCAAGCGAUGGUGCGAGCUCCAUAGUGAUCAUGGUCAUACUACGGAGGAUUGCAUAGCCCUAAAGAUGGAAGUCGCCGAACUCCUCAAGAAAGGCUACCUGCGGGAGUUCCUCUCGGAUAAACCCAAGAACCUUCUAAAUAAAGAAGGUCCACGCCUCCCUAUCAAGGCAGCUCCUGCAUUGCCGCCACAACAAGACCGGGUGAUCCACGUCAUCACAGGUGGAUCAGAGGUGAGCGGAAUUAGCAGUGCCGCAGCCAAGAAAAGUACUCGCAAUGCCAGGAACGGCCGAGAGGCCGAGGGUCCCAAGCGCCUGCUCCUUGGAACAGAUGAGAUCAGUUUCCUCGUCCCUCAUCAUGACGCUCUCGUCAUUUCACUUACCAUAGCAAACUGCUUGGUCAAGCGGACACUGGUAGAUAAUGGGAGCUCCAGCAACAUAAUCUUCUAUUCAGCCUUCGCCGACCUAGGUUUGGAACCUGCAGCUCUAACCAAAAAGGCAACUCCCCUCGUAGGCUUCAGUGGAGAAGUCAAACAAACCUUGGGAGAGGUCCUUCUUCCUGUUGACUGGGCUCCAUACGAAGCUCGGUCGCUAUAG